GAGAACAUAGCCUUCUAUUACCAUUUAGGCAUUUACCGGUAAUUAACAAACACCAGAUUCUCCAGUUUAUCCUCCAUCAAAGAUCAAACGUUCAAAAUUUGUUCCAUUUUAGAAUUUAAUAAAUCCCCAAAACCCUGAGAUUUUCCCUCUCUCUCGAUUAUCGAAGAUCUGAUUUUCGAAAUCGACGGAGAGAGAAAGAGAAAUCGCGGGUAUCAAAUCAACCUGUCUCGUCUUUGAUUGAUCCCCAAAUAAUUAGGGCUUGAUCCUUCAAUAUGCGAUUCAAUUGAUAAAUGCGUGCAAUUGCAAAACAAAGCUUAGAUUUCAGAUGCAAUUAGGGUUUUUUCUGCGAUUCGUUUCAGAAGGAAUGAAGGUUUAUUGGGGUUGAUUAAGGAGUUGGUCAAUAAUGGUGGCGCCGAGGGUUUUGAUUGGAGGAGGAGAUGAAGGGAAAUUGCGAGACGAAGAAAGCGCGAAGAUGGAGGAUUCUCCGUCGAGCAAGAGGAAUAGAUUAGAAGGGAGGUUUCCAUUGACGAGGUGGGAGCUAGCUGUUGCUAUGGCGGUGUUCUUCGUCUUCGCCAUUGGUCUUUUCUUCAUUUUCAUGAAAAUGCCAGCUGCUGAAUAUGGCAAGAUUAAGGUUCCCCGCUCCAUUGCUGAUCUUCGAUUGCUCAAAGACAAUCUUGCAAUAUACGCCAGUGACCAUCCAGCACAAUUCGUUCUUGGUUACUGCUCAGUAUAUAUCUUCAUGCAGACAUUCAUGAUUCCUGGAACAAUAUUUAUGUCCUUGCUGGCUGGUGCCCUCUUUGGUGUUUCUAGAGGCCUUCUGCUGGUUGUGUUUAAUUCGACUGCUGGAGCAUCAUGCUGCUAUUUUCUGUCUAAGUUGAUUGGGAGGCCCAUAGUUAACUGGUUGUGGCCUGAAAAGUUGAGAUUUUUCCAAGGAGAGAUAGCAAAGCGUAGGGAGAAGUUGAUGAAUUACAUGCUUUUCUUGAGGGUGACCCCAACCCUGCCCAAUCUUUUUAUCAACUUGGCGUCUCCUAUAGUGGAUAUACCAUUUCAUGUCUUCUUUCUAGCUACAGUUGUUGGUCUUAUUCCAGCCUCGUUUAUUACUGUGAGGGCGGGCCUUGCGCUUGGAGAACUGAAGUCUGUAAAAGAUUUAUAUGAUUUCAAAACACUGGCCGUGCUUUUUCUGAUUGGUUCUGUCAUAAUCUUUCCUGCUAUUAUGAAGAGGAAGCGAACCUAUGAAUGAGGGACACGUGUUUCGGUUAACCCUCGCGGUUCUAACAGAAGCUGAUGAUAACAAAGAUCGCUUGUUUGAUCGUAUGAUUUUACAGCUGACAGGAGAUAAUGUGGUCAUUUUGGACCAUAAGAUGGGUUUCAAAUCUUGCAUAUAACAUUUGAGAGAGUUACAGGUCUUAGUCCUAAUUUGCGGGUUACUUAUACUACGUAGUUGGUUAAGACUGGGGGAAAAAUCAUACGGAAUGUCGUUGGACUUUUACGAUGUUGAUGAUGGGUGUAACAAUUGUAUGAAUUAAUAUGCAGGCUGUAGUAGCAUUUUGCAUUACCUUAUAUUCAUAUUUGUAAACAUAGUUUGUUUUCGAUGUAGAUGAAAAGAAAAGAAGUUGAAUGAAAUCUGUUGUAAUUUGUAAA